UACAGGCAAAGACAAGGAGCUGCUCGCAUCUAACCACCACAAGGACCACAGUGUGUGGUACGAGGAGGCAGCGACCGCCAGGGAGGGGGCUACGGGUCUUGUGGACGGAGUCACUUCUUCCUCAUCCACAUCUUCCCUCUGGGGCGUGUGGUGUUUAGCAUAUUUAACGCCAGCAUUAGCAAACCAAGAGCCAGGGACUCUUGACCACUUUAUGGGGAGCACAUGGAGACAUGGAUGGAAUGUUAACUCUAGGGUUUUCUAGACCAGAAGCCUACAACAUCCUCCUCUAAAUGUAGAACGACCUUAGUGCCGGUGGAUAACCCCCUCCGAAGCACACCUAUAGUGAAUUUGAACUGGCAGUGGAUACUACAGCUUCCAUCCAGACAGCAAACCAAAGCAGAGCAUUUCCAUUGCUCCAUUUUUAUUAAUUAAAUCCAUAACUUUGACUAUUUAUAUUCCCUUUUUUUGGAAGGAUUCCUGUAGCUGUGAGCUUCAAAGACAGAUUUUUAAAAAAGUAAUCUGUAAAAAUGGGUCCUGGAAUGGAAGCAGCAGACAUAGCUGUGGUAGCACUGUAUUUUGUCUUGGUGCUAGUCAUCGGGUUUUUUGCCAUGUGGAAAGCCAAUCGCAGCACUGUGAGUGACUACUUCCUGGCUGGACGCUCCAUGACGUGGAUAGUGAUAGGUGCAUCACUCUUCGUGAGUAACAUUGGCAGUGAACAUUUCAUAGGCCUGGCUGGAUCAGGAGCAGCAAGUGGCUUUGCUGUUGGAGCAUGGGAAUUUAAUGCACUUCUACUUCUGCAGCUGCUUGGCUGGGUGUUUAUCCCUGUGUAUAUCCACUCAGGAGUCUACACCAUGCCUGCGUACCUGUCGAAACGCUAUGGUGGCGACAGGCUAAAGGUUUACUUUGCUUUUUUGUCUGUGUUACUUUACAUUUUUACCAGGCUAUCUGUGGACUUGUAUGCUGGAGCUCUCUUUAUUCAGGAGUCCCUUGGGUGGAACCUUUAUCUGUCCAUUGUCCUGCUUAUCAGUAUGACUGCACUGCUCACUGUCACCGGUGGACUGGUGGCAGUUCUGUAUACGGAUGCCCUUCAGGCAGUGUUGAUGAUCGGUGGAGCCCUAACCUUAACCAUCAUCAGCCUAGUCAAAGUCGGUGGGCUAGAGGGUGUCAGAACAAAGUACAUGCAAGCAAUUCCCAAUGUUUCUGCUAUAAUGGCAACUGGAAAUUUCACCUAUUCUCCUUCCUGUCGUAUUGAGCCUAAACCAAACUCACUACGCAUCCUUCACGGUCCUCUGGAUGAAGACAUCCCUUGGCCAGGUUUCAUUCUUGGCCAGACUCCUGCAUCUAUUUGGUACUGGUGUGCAGACCAGGUCAUUGUUCAGAGAGUACUAGCAGCAAAGAACAUUGCUCAUGCUAAGGGCUCGACACUCAUGGCUGGAUUUCUCAAGAUCCUGCCCAUGUUUGUCAUAGUCAUUCCAGGAAUGAUCUCUCGCAUCUUGUUUGCGGAUGAGAUCGCCUGCAUUGGGCCAGAGCACUGCAUGGCUGUGUGUGGCUCUCACGCUGGUUGCUCAAACAUUGCCUACCCUCGUCUGGUCAUGGCUGUGAUGCCUGUGGGACUCAGGGGUCUGAUGAUGGCGGUCAUGAUUGCUGCCCUGAUGAGUGAUCUUGACUCAAUCUUCAACAGUGCAAGCACCAUCUUCACCCUGGACAUCUACCAAACUUUUAGGAGGAAGGCAUCACAGCGUGAGCUGCUAAUUGUGGGCCGCUUGUUUGUUGUACUCAUGGUGGUCAUCAGCAUUGCUUGGGUCCCUGUUAUCAUUGAAAUGCAAGGUGGACAAACAUACCUGUACAUCCAGGAAGUUGCUGGCUACCUCACUCCACCAGUCGCCGCCCUCUUCCUGCUAGGUGUGUUCUGGACACGGUGUAAUGAGAAGGGUGCAUUCUGCGGAGGCAUGACAGGUUUCAUACUAGGUACCAUACGACUGAUCUUAGCUUUUAUCUACCGCCAGCCUCUCUGUGACCAGCCAGAUAAUAGGCCUGCCUUCAUAAUUCAUGUUCAUUACAUGUAUUUUGCUGCUGGGCUGUUCUGGAUUUCAGGGCUGGUGGCAGUGGUGGUCAGCCUCUGCACCUCUCCGCCAGAUAAGGAGCAGGUUUGCACCACCACAAUCUGGGGGCUCCGCAACAUUGAAAUUGUUCCCGCAAAGGACCGAAAGGAAAUGUACAGGCUGUCUGACAAGAAUUGUAAUGGUGAGGCAAGCCUACGUAAAGAAAUGCCAACAGAUGUCAGAAAGGAGAGGUGUUUGGAUGGGGCGGAUGUCAAACUCCUGGUCCCAUCCACUGAACAUGACCCAGCAACCCCUAGUACAGAAACAUCCCCUGCAACCACCCCUGCAGAACAAUUUGGUGAUAGAAGGAUGGAGAUGAUCAGAGCGGAGGAAGGCUGCAAUGGGAAUGGGGAGAGUAGCAGGUGCAUGUGUUUACGGAACUGGUUUUGUGGAUAUAAGGACGGAGCACAGAGUGCACAGCAAAAAGUGGUGCAGGACGAUGCAGGAGUCAUUGCAGAGAUGUUGUACGAGCCACCUAGAGUUAAACUUCUCCUGAACUUGGGUCUGUUAUGCGUCUGCUCUGUGGGCAUCUUCCUGUUUGUUUAUUUUUCACUGUAGUUGAUUCCUGCACCGAACUAAUGGGGUCUUUUAUGAAGGUGGAAGGUAUGUGGGGCUCAAACUGUUGAAUUUUCAGAGAUUUGAGACGCUUUGUCUGUAAUAUUUACAGUUGUCUUUUGUAGCUAUCUAACAGGGAUCUAAGCUUAUUCUAAUCAUUUUUAAAAAAUGAUUAAAGCUUCUUCAUGUGAAAAAACAAUACUCCUUUAUGACUAUGAAGCCUAUCUGGCAAUGGUGUGUCCAUUUUGUACAAUUCUUGUUGUUAAUCCUUCAUUCAGAAUAUCUACUGGGAUUUUUAGAAUUGUAGUACUCUAAGCGAAUUUAAUAUUUGCCUUAUUUGACAUAUGCACAUGUCUUUCUUUUUUUUUUUGUAUGGUGAAAAAAACAUGUAUUCUGUGAUAGAAGCUUUUUUUCCACUCUUGUUGACAGUGAGUGUAGGUUUAGUUGCUGUUGUAGCAUACAUAUGUCUGUAAAAACUAUUUUAGGUUAUUGCCCUUUUUUUUUUUUUUUUUUUUUUUUU